AUGCUCUCAGAAGAAGUGCAGAGAAAACAAAGCGAAUACCAAAAGUGUUUGGAGUCCUACAAACAAAUGAGAACGAAGUUUGAAGAGAACUACCUGAAAUGCCCGACAAGCCGAGGAGGUCGCAAGCUCGAUGAGACUCGGGACAAGUAUGGCAAAGCAUGUCGUCGUCUUCACCGAGCUCAUAACGAGUAUGUGUUACUGUUAGCCGAAGCAACAGAGUGCGAGCGCGCGUUACGCACUGCUGCGCUGCCAACUCUAUUGGAGCAGCAGCGCCGGCAGGGAGAGGCAAAUGCCACGUCAUGGAAAGGCGUGCUUCUAGAAGUGGUGCAGAGGUCUGACUACAGUACAGACAAGUUUCGUGAGAUUCAAACCAAAAUCGAGACCACAAUACAGAAUUUAAGGCCGCAGGAUGAAUACAAAGAGUUCCUUGAAAAGUACAAAUCACCUCCCUCAACUCCCGUCUCAUUUAACUUCGACGAGAGUCUAGUAGAGGAUACGAGUGGAAAACUACAGCCAAACCAGUUGACGGUGGAUAAUCUCACAGUGGAAUGGUUGAAAGAGAAAUUGAUUGAAUUAGAGCAGACGCUACAGGACAAUAGGGAGAAGCAAACCGCGUUACAGGGGCCCGAGAUUAUCGGCAAUGGCGUUUGUAAGAAUAACAACACUGGAUUGACGAACGGUGUCAACGGUAUUGAUAGGCAUUCUCCGCCCCCGCUACCACUAACAACUUCAGAGCCUAUCAAGCUGUUGGAACUACGUGUAGCGGAACGAAAAUGUGCGAAACAAGCGGAGAUGAUCCGCUCCGCUCUUGCCGAGUUGGGCUGCGAAGAAGCGCCGAGCGGCUGUCCCGACCUGUCGGCUGAAACUGUUGGAGUAGACAGCCUAGACGGUAGCUCACCUGAUCAUCAGGAUCGUGGCUCAAUCGGAUCGAAAACGUCAUCGGACGUUUUACGUUUGCACCUUCAUUCAAUAAUACCUCCGCGGCCAUUGUUCAAACUGUUUAUACGGCCUUUUCGACGCAAAUCGGCGCCCUCAAGCCCAGCACUACCACCCAAGACAUUCCGGAGUAGCAGCGAAGGCCCUGCAGACUCGGUAACAGCUAACACUCACCGCAUUCGUCGGUACAGAGUGCUGAAGCAUCGCUUCCGUGACCGUGUAGACAUCUAUGUUCAUUGCCGCGUUCACAACAAAACUCUUUUCAAGAAGAGACGACGCAGCCGCAUUGUAGUCAAUAGUUGUUCUAAUAGUGUGUUUCAAAAUCAAGGUGAAGCCGCUUGCGACGUUCCAGAAAUGUAUCGUUUUCGUGUAGUCUGUGUACGCAUCAGUUGCGAGGUUUACGUCAAGUUCAUCCUGUUGUCUCCCCGGCUCGCCGCGUGUACUGAGAUUAAAGAGAUAAUUAAAUAG